UAAUGGCUCUGAGCCCAUUUGUUCUGUUAUCAAUGCUCGUCAUCGAUUUUCCGGUCGGUUCUUCUCAGCUAUAGCGUGGCAUUGAUUGGUUUCCAGUGUCGGGGAAAGUUGCACAGUCGCAUGCGAGCAGCAGGACAGUCCUCCGCUGCGUGCCAGAGUGAAGGCUUCAAUACUGACAUCUGCAGCCACAACAGAAACACAGAGUACUUUUGUUUUACUCAAAUAUGAAAGAGGAGACUGAAUGUUUUCGAAGACACUUGUCCAAAAAGUGUUUGAAAUGAUGGAUAUUUUGGAUGCGUAUAUAUGGUAAAGGAACAUCUUACUUUGAAGUUUCAAAUCAGGACAGCAAAGCUCAAUGUCUGACUCAGACCUCAUGAAGGGUGGGGGACCGGCCAUCAGGAGCCCCGAAUGCCGUUCAUCUCCGACUCCUCGAAUGGAGUUCCACGGCUCCUUCAAAGUGGGGGAGCGCUCGCCCAAUGUCACAGAGAAGGUCACACAGGUUCUCUCUUUGGAGUCUGAUGUGCUGCCUGAAUACAAACUCCAGGUACCAGAAACGACAUGGUGGAUCUUGCUUCACUACAGCCCCUUUAAGGCAUUUUGGGACUGGAUUAUUCUCCUUCUGGUCCUCUACACAGCUGUUAUUACUCCUUACUCAGCUGCCUUCCUGUUGGCUGAAAAUGGGGAUUUACGCCAAAGGAGUUGUGGCUACACAUGUAACCCUCUAAAUGUGGCAGAUCUUACGGUGGACGUGCUGUUUAUUGUGGAUAUAAUCAUCAACCUUCGGACGACCUAUGUGGACCAAAAUGACGAGGUAGUCACGCAGCCGAGCCAGAUAGCAAAGCAUUACAUCAAAGGCUGGUUCCCUAUUGAUUUGUUUGCAGCAAUCCCGUUUGACCUUCUCAUUUUCAGAUCAAGCUCGGACGAGAUGGCAACCUUAACAAGCCUCCUGAAAACAGCUCGGCUAUUGCGAUUGGUCCGUGUGGCAAGAAAGCUUGACCGAUAUUCUGAAUAUGGUGCUGCUGUCCUCUUCUUGCUCAUGUGCACCUUUGUACUCAUCGCCCACUGGCUAGCGUGCAUGUGGUAUGCCAUUGGCUUUGUGGAGAGGCCGUACACUGAGACUGGUUGGCUGGACAACCUGGCUGAGCAACUUGGAAAGGCGUACAAUGAAACAGACUCCAGCUCUGGUCCUUCAGUCAAAGACAAGUACGUCACAGCUCUGUACUUCACCCUGAGCAGUUUGACGAGUGUGGGGUUCGGUAAUGUGUCUCCAAACACGAACUCAGAGAAGAUGUUCUCCAUCUGUGUCAUGGUCAUUGGAUCUCUCAUGUACGCCAGCAUAUUUGGCAAUGUAUCUGCCAUAAUCCAGCGGCUGUACACUGGUACAACCCGGUACCACACCCAGAUGCUGAGAGUCAAAGAGUUUAUCCGCUUCCAUCAGAUUCCAGGUAGUCUGCGCCAACGACUAGAGGAGUAUUUCCAGCAUGCAUGGACAUACACAAACGGAAUAGACAUGAAUGCUGUGUUAAAGGGAUUUCCAGAGUCUCUGCAGGCAGACAUCUGUUUGCACUUGCACCGCUCUCUGCUACAGAACUGCAAGGCUUUCCAAGGAGGCAGCCAAGCAUGUCUCCGUGUCUUAUCUGUGAGAUUCAAGACAGUCCAUGCACCUCCUGGAGAUACUCUGAUUCACUAUGGAGACAUCCUCGACUCUCUCUUUUUCAUCUCACAUGGUUCCAUCCAGGUCACCAGAGAGGAUGUAGUGGUGGCCAUAUUAGAGAAGAAUGACAUCUUUGGUGAGCAUAUCCACCUUUAUGAUGAGCCAGGGAAAUCAAGUUCAGACCUACACACCAUCACCUACUGUGAACUGCACCGCAUCCUUAGGGAUGACCUUCUUGAGGUCCUGGAUAUGUACCCAAGCUUUGCAGACAACUUCUGGAGGAACCUGGAGAUAACCUUUGACCUGAGAGAUGCUGAUCAAGAGCCACCAGUAAUAAUAGAUGAUGAUUCUGGUGAUGACUGUGAAUACCACCACAAACCAAGAUGCAAAAUACACUCACUGGACUGCAGAAAUAGGCCAGAUGGAAUUGAUCACGAAGACUCGUAUCCCCUUCAGGCCUGCCAUCAGUCAUUUUCUCAUGCCUGCUGGGAGGACAGUUGUAGCUGUGGAUCGUCAUGUUCGCAGGCAAGUGAGGACUUUGAAAAACCUCUUGCCCAUGGUGCCAAAACAGAGCAUUACUCUGCAGAAGCUGACAGGCAGGAUUACUCUUCAUCUGCACUACAACUGCACCCCCAAAGUGGCACCUCAGUGGGGAAGGAUGCAGUGUUUGACCGGGGUCCUCAAGCCUCAUCUCUGAAUGUGCCAGGGAUGUAUCAAUACUGGUCAGACAGACAAUCACAGCAGUUUUCCAGUCAAGCCUGGCGAUCACCUUCUGUCCGCAACUCAUGCCACCCACCACCAUUCACAGAAGAAAGGCCCAGUGAACUUGAGACACGCCUUGAAAUUUUGCAUUCACAGCUCAACAGACUGGAGACUCGCAUGACAACUGACAUCAGUGUUAUUCUGCAGCUUCUCCAGAGACAGAUGGCCCCUGUACCUCCAGCUUACAGCACUGUAUCAUCUAGUACUCUCCACGCUGAUUCCCCUGGCCUGUAUGGGGCUGGAACUCCAGUGCUGCAUAACAUGUAUCCCAUUUCCCCCAUACAAAUGGACAGCUUGGCACCGACACAGACCUCGGCUGAGACAGACCUUAAGCAGACCAGCAAAUCCCAGGACUCACUGUCCAGUGGGAUCCACGUGACUGCGGCAUCUGAUGACACCAUGUUCAUGGCUAUCACCCCUGAAACUGACACACAUACUGGGCUAACUCCUCAGCUACCCCAGCCAUCAGUCAAAUCCUCCCUCAUGGACAGUUCCAGGCUGUGUGGUAACCUCCGCUACCCCUCACUACCAGAGAGCCUGGACAUACAAUCACGAUUGGCAGAGAUCCAGAAACACCUCUCGGAUCCUGUCCUCCCCAUCGUCUGACAGUCAGUGUCACCUACUUCUUAAAGACAUUUAGAAGGAGCUCUGUGACCAGUCCAUCCGUUUGUCAUUGAAGAAUUAUUUAUAAUUACACUUUUUACUUUACUAUUACUUUGGACAUUGGACAGUGUUGAACACAGACAGUGCUUGCAAACAAGGAUUUUACACACUGCCCAGCCAAAAAACAGCAGUCACCAUGUGGAUUUACCUAACCAAAUACGAAAGACCCCCCCACUGGAUUCGGGGUCUAGGUUCACCAAUGUUAUGUGCCCAAAAAACGAGGUCAGCUGACUACCUGAAUAUACAGAAUGAUUUUUUUUCUCUGAUGAUGGCACGGGAAUAUACCAAUCUGACAAUGCCAGGAUUCACCAGGUUUAAAAUGAGCGGUUCAGGGAACAUGGAGGAUAGAUUGGCUACCACAGAGGCAAGACCUUAACCCCAGUGGGAAUCUUUGUGUGUGCUGGAGAAGACUUUAGCAGUCUGACUCCCCCAUCACCCAUCAUCAAUACAAUUUUUUGGUGAAAGAUUAAUGCAAUUCUGGAUGGAAAUGAAUAAUAAUUAUCACUUCUUAAAACCAUGGGGAAAGUGUGCCAUCAUCAAAGCUAAAGCCAGCCCAAUGAAAUAUUAGCAUGUGACUUGUUCUUUGGCUGGGCGGUGUACUUCCUUCACACUUGCCUAAAGAAAUAAACUUGAAAACACUUAAUACUUUUGAAUGAACAACUAACAGAAAGGUUGUUAUAUUUUAUAUAGAUAACUGCUAAUCCAGAAAUGUCACCUCAGCAACCUUAGUGAGUGGCGUCCCUGUUCAUGUAUGGAUAAUGAUCUUUUUAAAUUCUAAAGAAUUUCCCUGCAGACCCAUUUACUCUAGCCUGACCCAAUACUGACACUUUGAGUCCACUAUGUUUAGUGUAAAUAUUUAGAGAAUUAUGUUGGCCAAGAUUAAUCAGGUUAGGCUUGGUUUUAUACACCUGUAGCAAUCAGACUGAAAAAAUAUCCAAAUUCAAAGAUUAAGAGGUGUGGCUGAUAAUUUAGUUCACAUAAAGUAUCUUUAAUAUAAUGCACUGCAUUGCAUAAAUCCGCAAAGUUGUGUUAAGUAAUUUUAAUUUUAUGUCAGCAACAAUAGAAAAUAAUGAAGAGGGAAUAGAGAUAAGCUGAAUUAAACAGCAGUUACUGACAUAGCUAGCAUCUUUGAUCUUGUACCAGUAACUUCCCUGUAAGAAAGACUAGGUGUUGAUUUUCUUGGUAUUAUUGUAGGGUCUUGGAUGGCACCAGCGGUGAUUACUGGAAGUGUUCCUGAGCCCUGUUUUUACCUGUUUUUAAUGCAGUGUCUUUUAGAGAUAUAUUGUACUGUAGAUGAUGUGAUUUGAAAGUGGGAAUUUUACAUAGAGGACACUGUUCCGAAAUGUAUACCAUUUUUGCAGAUUACUGAAACUCUGCCUCUCCAUUUUCCUCUUGUUACCUGUUGCCGAAAGCAAACAGGAUGACACACAGUAGUAAACAUGGCCUUGUCCCAGCUGUUUCCAGAUGUGUUGCUAGCACUUAAUUGAAAAUUAACUAAUAUUUUUCACUAACUAGUAAAAUUUGUUGUAGCAGAUAGCGAUCCAGUCAGGCUGGGUGGAAGCCCACUGGACAUUAUUGAUCUGUCCCUCGGCUGUGUAGGCCAGUAUGGGGUCAUCCGCUACACAGAGGACGAGGAGAUGAGAUUUCAAUCAAUUUAUCUUAUUUAGUCUGGGAGAAAAUAAUGUGAGUAGACACAACAUAUUCCUGUUCUGAGUCUGGUAAUAUCUGCAACCAGGCUUUCCUUUUUUGGCAGGAGGAAAGAUGGAAAAAAAAAUCUGCCCCAGAUAACAGUAUGGCUUUACUUGAUUCUUUCCAACAAGAAAUUAGUCAAUGAGGUGGAAACCUUCACUAAUCUGUUUCUUCUUCCCAAAGUAUCACACACUCUGCAAAGUCAUUAUCUCAAAUCCAACCUCUGAUUCAGAAGAUGUU